AUGGGGGCUCUCCGGGUGAUCCUGCUUGUGGCCUGGCUGGCUCUCCAAUGCGGCAUGGCCACUGGGGGUCCCCAGGGCAGAUACUUCGUCACGGCCUUCCUAGAGAACGGGAUGCCAAAAGCCGCCGGGCACUUCAAGCUCUUCCUCAUUGGCUACCACGACGCCACAUCCGUCACCGUGACCAUCCCCAAGUCCAAAUUCCAGGAAGUGGUGGCCCUCCAUCGGAAGCAGGUGGUGACGGUGCAACUCCCAAGCCAUGUACAGAUGGUGGGCACCAACAUCUUCCCCAGCACCGUGGUAGUCAAGUCCUCCAAGCCGAUCUCAGUGAUGUCCCUCAACUCCAAGGAGACGUCCACAGAGACUACGAUUGUCUACCCCCUGUUUUUCCUGGGGAAAAAAUACUUUGUGAUCACGCCCACUGGGCACCCCACAGGGUCCUUCCAGGAGUUUGCCGUGGUGGCCUGUCAGCAGGCCACCAAUGUGGACAUCUACCUCCGUGGCCAGGUGACUUUCAAAGGACAAGUCUACCCCGCUGGCAGCAAGCUCCAUGUGUCCCUAAAGCCCUUCCAAACCAUCCAGCUCCAGAGCACGAAUGACCUCUCGGGCACCAAGGUCCUCUCCCAGAAGCCCGUGGCCGUAUUGGCCGGCCACACCUGCAUCUGGUCCCACAACCACUGCCAGCAUGUGAUGGAGCAGUUGCUGCCGGUGAGCCAAUGGGGCAAGACCUUUGCCGUGGUGCCCCUCUCCUUCCAGUCCACCCAUGCUGUGGCCUUUGUGGUGGCCCACCAAGCCACAUUGCUCCAGAUACAGGCUGGCCCCAAGCAGAAGAUGCUAUGGCUACAAGCUGGGGAGGUGAAGAAACUGGCGGUGAAGCUGGCCAAGCCACUGUACCUCACUGCUGAUGCUGGGAUCCAGGUGAUCUUCUACUCCUUGGGGAGUGUCAAGGCUGGGGUUCCCUAUGAGCCCUUCCUCUCCCAGGUGCCCGCCCUCCGAAACUAUGCCAAGUCCUACUAUGUGCUGGGCCGCUUGGGCAUCCACAACAUGGCCGUCAUCAUCACCAAGAGCUACGCCACCGGCCAGCUCACCUUUGACCACCAACCCCUGCGCCAGCUGCAGUGGCAACCCAUUCCCGGGUCAGGGUAUUCGUGGGCGGAGUAUCGCUUCAGCCGGAAGCAGAAGGUCCAUGUUCUCAAGCACCCUGGUGCCCCCUUCGGUGUCCUCAGUAUCGGCAUCGCCGACCACAUCACCCACGGCACCGUCGCCUUUGCCAACGCCCCUCCGAAGUCCCAGGGAAGACAUGGACGGAGCCUUUGCAGCCACAUCCAGUGCUCCAGUGGGCAGAGGUGUGUGGAGAAAGACGGGUACCUGCAGUGUGUGCCAGCCCACGCCAGCUGCAGCGCUGUCCACUGCAGCCAUGGGACCGAGUGCCGGAUCCUGGGGGGCUACCCCAAUAACAUCCAUUGCCACAAGGACAAAGUGUGCAAGAUGGUAGAUGGAUACCCAAGGUGUGUCUACCAGGCACCCACCUGCCAGGACAUCCAUUGUCACAAGGGCAAAGCAUGCAAGAUAGUAGAUGGACACCCAAAGUGUAUCCACCGAGCACCCACCUGCCUUGACAUCCAUUGCCACAAGGGUAAAGUGUGCAAGGUAGUGGAUGGAUACCCGAAGUGUGUCCACCGGGCACCCACCUGCCAGGACGUCCAUUGCUACAGGGGUAAAGUGUGCAAGGUAGUGGAUGGACACCCAAAGUGUAUCCACCGAGCACCCACCUGCCUUGACAUCCAUUGCCACAAGGGUAAAGUGUGCAAGGUAGUGGAUGGAUACCCGAAGUGUGUCCACCGGGCACCCACCUGCCAGGACAUCUAUUGCCAUAAAAGUGCCACGUGCCAGAUCAUCGAUGGGUUUCCCAAGUGUGUCCAGCACACACCCACAUGUAGUGACAUCCAUUGCCACGAGGGCAAAGUGUGCAAGAUAGUGGAUGGGUACCCAAAGUGUGUCCACCGGGCACCCACCUGCCAGGACAUCCAUUGCCAUAAAGGUGCCACGUGCCAGAUCAUCAAUGGGUUUCCCAAGUGUGUCCAGCGCGCACCCACAUGUAGUGACAUCCAUUGCCACAAGGGCAAAGUGUGCAAGGUAGUGGAUGGAUACCCGAAGUGUGUCCACCGGGCACCCACCUGUCAGGACAUCCAUUGCUAUAAAGGUGCCACGUGCCAGAUCAUCAAUGGGUUUCCCAAGUGUGUCCAGCGCGCACCCACAUGUAGUGACAUCCAUUGCCACAAGGGCAAAGUGUGCAAGGUAGUGGAUGGAUACCCGAAGUGUGUCCACCGGGCACCCACCUGUCAGGACAUCCAUUGCUAUAAAGGUGCCACGUGCCAGAUCAUCAAUGGGUUUCCCAAGUGUGUCCAGCGCGCACCCACAUGUAGUGACAUCCAUUGCCACAAGGGCAAAGUGUGCAAGAUCAUCAAUGGGUUUCCCAAGUGUGUCCAGCGCGCACCCACAUGUAGUGACAUCCAUUGCCACAAGGGCAAAGUGUGCAAGGUAGUGGAUGGAUACCCGAAGUGUGUCCACCGGGCACCCACCUGUCAGGACAUCCAUUGCUAUAAAGGUGCCACGUGCCAGAUCAUCAAUGGGUUUCCCAAGUGUGUCCAGCGCGCACCCACAUGUAGUGACAUCCAUUGCCACAAGGGCAAAGUGUGCAAGGUAGUGGAUGGAUACCCGAAGUGUGUCCACCGGGCACCCACCUGUCAGGACAUCCAUUGCUAUAAAGGUGCCACGUGCCAGAUCAUCAAUGGGUUUCCCAAGUGUGUCCAGCGCGCACCCACAUGUAGUGACAUCCAUUGCCACAAGGGCAAAGUGUGCAAGGUAGUGGAUGGAUACCCGAAGUGUGUCCACCGGGCACCCACCUGUCAGGACAUCCAUUGCUAUAAAGGUGCCACGUGCCAGAUCAUCAAUGGGUUUCCCAAGUGUGUCCAGCGCGCACCCACAUGUAGUGACAUCCAUUGCCACAAGGGCAAAGUGUGCAAGGUAGUGGAUGGAUACCCGAAGUGUGUCCACCGGGCACCCACCUGUCAGGACAUCCAUUGCUAUAAAGGUGCCACGUGCCAGAUCAUCAAUGGGUUUCCCAAGUGUGUCCAGCGCGCACCCACAUGUAGUGACAUCCAUUGCCACAAGGGCAAAGUGUGCAAGGUAGUGGAUGGAUACCCGAAGUGUGUCCACCGGGCACCCACCUGUCAGGACAUCCAUUGCUAUAAAGGUGCCACGUGCCAGAUCAUCAAUGGGUUUCCCAAGUGUGUCCAGCGCGCACCCACAUGUAGUGACAUCCAUUGCCACAAGGGCAAAGUGUGCAAGAUAGUGGAUGGGUACCCAAAGUGUGUCCACCGGGCACCCACCUGCCAGGACAUCCAUUGCCAUAAAGGUGCUACGUGCCAUAUCAUUGAUGGGUUUCCCAAGUGUGUCCAGCGCACACCCACAUGUAGUGACAUCCAUUGUCACAAGGGCAAAGUGUGCAAGGUAGUGGAUGGGUACCCGAAAUGUAUCCACCGGGCACCCACAUGCAGUGAUAUCCACUGCCACAAAGGUGCUGUGUGCCAGAUCAUUGAUGGAUUUCCCAAGUGUGUCCAGCGCACACCCACAUGUAGUGACAUCCAUUGCCACAAGGGCACUGUGUGCAAGGUAGUGGAUGGGUACCCUAAGUGUGUCCACCGUAGGCCCACUUGUAAUGACAUCUAUUGCCAUAAAGGCACCGUGUGCCAGAUCAUUGAUGGAUUCCCCAAGUGUACCCAACGUGUGCCCACCUGCAGUGACAUUAUUUGUCACAAGGGCACUGUGUGCAAGGUAGUGGAUGGGUACCCAAAGUGCAUCCACCGUAGGCCCACUUGCAAUGACAUCUACUGCCAUAAAGGCGCCGUGUGCCAGAUUACCGAUGGGUUCCCCAGGUGCAUCCAACAUGUGCCCACCUGCAGUGACAUCUAUUGCCACAAGGACACCAUUUGCAAGGUAGUUCAUGGAUAUCCAAAGUGUGUCCGUGUGCCCACCUGCAGUGACAUGCACUGCUAUAAAGGCACUGUGUGCCAAAUUAUUGAUGGUUUCCCCAAGUGUAUUCAGCAUGUGCCCACCUGCAGUGACAUCUAUUGCCACAAAGGCACCAUAUGUCAGAUCAUCAAUGGAUUCCCUAAGUGUGUCCAGCGUGUGCCCACAUGCAGUGACAUCUUUUGCCAUAAAGGUACCAUGUGCCAGAUUGUGGGUGGAAUCCCAAAGUGCAUCCUACGUGUACCCACCUGCAGUGACAUCUAUUGCCACAAAGGCACCAUGUGCCAGAUCAUUGAUGGAGUCCCCAAGUGUGUCCAGCGUGUACCCACCUGCAGUGACAUCUAUUGCCACAAAGGCACCAUCUGCCAGGUCAUUGAUGGAUUCCCCAAAUGCGUCCAGCGUGUGCCCACCUGCAGCGACAUCCAUUGCCAUAAAGGUACCGUGUGCCAGAUUGUGGGUGGAAUCCCCAAGUGCGUCCCACGUGUGCCCACCUGCAGUGACAUCUAUUGCCACAAAGGCACCAUCUGCCAGAUCAUUGAUGGAUUCCCCAAGUGUGUCCAGCAUGUGCCCACCUGCAGUGACAUUCAUUGCCAUAAAGGUACCGCGUGCCGGAUUGUGGGUGGAAUCCCCAAGUGUAUCCAACGUGUUCCCACCUGCAGAGACAUCUACUGUCACCAGGGCACCGUGUGCCAGGUCAUUGAUGGCUUCCCCAAAUGCGUACAGCAUAUGCCCACCUGCCGCGACAUCCAGUGCCAUAAAGGCACCGUGUGCCAGAUCAUCGAUGGAUUCCCCAAGUGUUCCUCCACCCCGCAUCCCUGCCUCCACUUCCCCUGCCCGGCAGGUGCUGCCUGUGGGCUGGUCCAGGGCCAGCCCACCUGCGUGCCAUCAUCAUCCUGCCACCAGUUCCAGUGCAAGGGUGGCACCAUGUGCAAGGUGGUAGAUGGGGCUCCCCGGUGCCUCCCACCGCUGACGUGCCGCCACGUGCACUGCAAGGACCGGCGCGUGUGUAAGGUGGUACACGGCUGGCCCAAGUGUGUGCACAUGUUCCGGUCAGCCCCACUGCCACCACCGUCUUGUGCAGCAAUCCUUUGUAUUCUGGGCACCACGUGCCAGGUCCUCAAUGGCAUGCCCACAUGUGUGCCCCAUACCCAGCCCUGCCAUGGGAUCCACUGCCCAGUGGGCACUGUGUGCCGGGUCUUGGACGGCAUCCCCCAGUGCAUUUCUCAGAAGCCCUCAUGCCACGGGAUCCACUGUGGGGCGGGCACCAAGUGUCAAGUGGUGGAUGGGGUCCCCACCUGCGUGCCCCCUGUGCCUCCCUGCCAUGGCGUGAAGUGUGAGGAUGGCAGCGUGUGCCGCACAGUGAAUGGACAGCCCAAGUGUGUGCCCCCUACACCUUCCUGCCAUAGAGUCCAGUGCAGGAUGGGAAGCAAGUGCCAGCUGGUGGAUGGGGUCCCCACCUGCGUGCCACGCAUGCCCUCAUGCUAUGGUGUCCAGUGCCAGGCUGGCUCCAAAUGCAAGGUUUUGCAUGGUGUGCCCAUGUGUGUGCCCCAUGUCCCUUCAUGCCAUGGUUUCCCAUGCCAGACUGGCUCCAAGUGCAAGGUGGUGAAUGGCGUGCCCACAUGUGUGCCCCACAUCCCCUCAUGCCAUGGUUUCCCAUGCCAGACUGGCUCCAAGAUUCACUGCCCAGAAAGCACCACAUGCCAAGUCGUGCGUGGCGCACCCCGGUGUGUGCCCCACAAGCCAUCCUGCCAUGGGGUCCAGUGCAGGGAGGGCACCAAGUGUCAAGUGGUGGAUGGGGUCCCCAUGUGUGUGCCCCCCGUGCCUCCUUGCUAUGGUGUUCAGUGCCAGGCUGGCUCCAAGUGCAAGGUGGUGAAUGGCAUGCCCAAGUGUGUGCCCCAUGUCUCCUCCUGUCAUGGUGUCCAAUGCCAGGCUGGCUCCAAGUGCAAGGUGGUGAGUGGUGUGCCCACAUGUGUGCCCCACAUCUCCUCCUGUCACAGCAUCCAGUGCCACGCUGGUUCCACAUGCAAGAUUUUGCAUGAAGUGCCCACGUGCGUGCCCCAUGUCCCCUUGUGCCACACUGUCCAAUGCCAGGCCGGCUCCAAGUGCAAGGUGCUGAACGGCGUGCCCACAUGUGUGCCCCACAUCCCCUCAUGCCACAGCAUCCACUGUCAGGAUGGCACCACAUGCCGCCUCGUGAAUGGCUGGCCCCGGUGCCUCCCGAACAAACCCUCGUGCCAGGGCGUGGCCUGCCAGGCAGGCACCAAGUGCCAAGUGGUGAACGGGGCACCCAAGUGCGUGCACCUGGCACCCUCAUGCGACGGGAUCUUGUGCAGAGUGGGCUCCACAUGCAAACUCAUAAACAGACUGCCCACGUGCGUCCCUGUGACCCGGGCGCAGCCUGUGUGCUGGGCUUCUGGGCACCCACACUACCACACCUUCGACGGGCGCAGCUACGACUUCCAGGGCACCUGCACCUACACGCUGGUGAAGCCGUGUGCCGGCACCACGGCCAAGCUGCCCUCCUUCCACAUCAAGGCCAAGAGCCAGCGGUGCGGUCAGAGCCACGUGUCCUUCGUGAGCCAGGUCACCCUGCUCCUCUAUGGCUACGAGAUCACCAUGGUCAAGUACGAGUAUGGACUCGUCCGGGUAAACAAGCAAAAGACGCGGCUGCCCAUCUCCCUGAAGCAUAACAAGCUGUGCCUCCACCACCGGGGUGGACAGCUGGUGGUGGAGACCCGUUUUGGCCUGAAGAUCUACUAUGACUGGAACUACUACCUGGUGGUCAAGGUGACAAAGGCCUUCCACGGUAUGCUAUGCGGCCUGUGCGGCAACAACAAUGGUGAUCCCAGCGAUGACUUCUUGACCUCCUCUGGCAGCUUAGCUGUUAGCCCUGUGGCCUUUGGCAAGAGCUGGAAGGUGGACGAUGGUGACAACCACUGCCAGCACGGUUGCCAUGGCAAAUGCAAGGGGUGUUCCCCGAAACUGGUGAAGCGCUACGGGGGGGUGGGCUACUGCGGGCUCAUCAAGAAGGCCCCCAAUGGGCCCUUCCGGCAGUGCCAUGCCCGUGUGGCCCCCAAGCCCUACCUGGCUGACUGCAUCGCUGACCUGUGCACCUACGAUGGCUACAAACAGAUCCUGUGCCGGGCACUGAAGACGUACGCGGAUGCCUGCCAGAGAGAAGGUGCCCUGGUGCACAACUGGAGGAAGCAUGCUGGUUGUCCCAUGCCCUGCCCGGAGAACAGCCACUAUGUGGCCUGCGGCUCAGCCUGCCCUCUCACCUGCAAGAACUUCAUCAUCCCAGAGAAAUGCCGCCUGCCCUGUGUGGAGACAUGCCAGUGUAAACCGGGCUACGUGCUGGAUGGGGGCCAGUGCAUCCCCAAGGAGCGCUGUGGCUGUGCCCACAAAGGCCGUCUCUAUGCCCCGGGUGAGCGGUUCUGGGCAGACGACAGAUGCCAGCAGGCAUGCAAGUGCAACGCGGGUACCCGGAAGGUGACAUGCCAGGAUGCACGGUGCAAGGAGAGCGAGGAGUGUGGCGUGACAGGCGGUGUGCGUGGCUGCUACCCAACACGCUAUGGGACUUGCGCGGCUGUGGGUGAGACCCACUAUGUCACCUUCGACGGGCUGCACUAUGACUUCUUGGGUACCUGCGUGUACUUGCUGGCCAAGCUGUGCCACCGCUCCAAGGGGCUGCUGCCCUUCCAGGUGCUGGUGCAGAGGGAGCAGCCGAGUGGCAAGGAGGGCGGCGGUGCCACCAAGGUGGUGGAGAUCAAGGUCUACGGGGUGGAGAUCACGCUGGCGGCGCAUGGGCGCGUCAAGCUUAACGGCCUAUACAUCCACCUGCCCUACUCCAUCGAAAACAACAAGAUCUCCAUCCACUACCGGGGCUGGGACGUGGUGGUGAAGACGGACUUCCGCCUGACCGUGGCCUUUGACGGCAGGAACCAUGUGCGGGUGACCUUGCCCAGCACCUAUGCGGGCACUGUGUGCGGCCUCUGCGGUAACUUCAAUGGGAAGAAGCAGGACGACUUCACAGUGCGCGGGGGGCUCCGGGCCACCUCCCCCGCCACCCUGGGCCGCAGCUGGAAGGUCCGGGACAUCCCCGGCUGCGUGGAGGGGGAGAAGGCUGCCUGUAAGGACAUGUUCCAGAUGGAGCGGCAGCAACGGCAGGAGCAGAAAGUGUGCGGGGUCCUACUGAACCCCAACGGGCCUUUCCGGGGCUGCCACAACCAGGUGCCCCCCGAGGGCUACUUCAAGGACUGUGUCUUUGACCACUGCUCCAAGAAGAGCCUAGCCGUGGUGUGCAACGUCCUGGCUGGCUACGCCGCCACCUGCCAGGCUGCCAGCGCCCCCAUCCAGCCCUGGAGGACCAAGAAUUUCUGCCGACCAUCCUGCCCUAAGAACAGCCACUACGAGGUGUGUGCCCGAGGAUGUCCGGCCACCUGCCGCAGCCUCUACUCCCCAGCCCAGUGCCCCACCAAGUGCCGCGAGGGCUGCGUGUGCGACUCAGGCUUCGUGCUCAGCGGCCAGCAGUGCGUGCCCAUGUCCCAGUGUGGCUGCGUCUACCGGGGUUUCUACUACAAGCCGGGAGAGUCCUUCUACCCCAGUGGGUUCUGCAAGGAACGGUGUCAUUGCCAAGCUGGGGGCAUCGUGCAUUGCCGGGAGUUCUCCUGCGGCCCCAACGAAGAAUGCCGGGUGGUGGACGGCAUCCAGAAGUGCCACCCCGUGGUGCCCAAGGUGGGCACAUGCCAGGCCAAUGGGGACCCUCACUACCUCAACUUUGAUGGCUAUUCCUUUGACUUCCAAGGCAAUUGCACCUACGUGUUGGCCCAGAGCUGUGCCCGGAAGGGCUACCUGCCCGCCUUCACCAUCAAAGCCCAGAACCAGCGGCUGGGCAAGACCCAAGCAGCCACCACUAAGACGGUCUCUGUCAAGGUCUACAAGCAUGUCUUCAGUCUUCUUCGAGGGCGCAAAGGCAUCAUUGUGGUGGAUGGCGUGGCCUUCCAGCUCCCCCUCUGUCUGGAGGGGGGCAACGUGUGUGCCUUCUGCCAUGGGGCCACAGCGGUGAUACGGACAGACUUCGGGCUCAGCGUGACCUUCGACCUCUGGUACCACCUGGCCGUGCGGGUGCCCCAGGCCUACCGCCAGCAGAUGUGCGGCCUGUGCGGCAACUACAAUGGGCACCGCGCUGAUGACUUUGUCAAGCCCGAUGGCCGCCCUGCCCGCAACCUCCGGGAUUUCGGGGCUUCCUGGAAGGUGCCAGUGCCUGGCAUGACCUGCAAUGACGGCUGUGCAGGCUUAGUGUGUCCAGCCUGCCAUGAGUCUCGCAAGGUCAACUAUGUCCAUAGCAAGCACUGCGAGAUCCUGCGGGCCCGUUAUGGGCCCUUCAGCGCCUGCUACUCCACCCUCAACCCCACCAUCUUCUUCAACAACUGCGUCCAUGAUCUCUGCAAGACCACAGGGGACCGGCGUGUGCUCUGCCGGGCCAUCCACGCCUAUGUGGCCUCCUGUCAGGCUGCCGGCAUCAAGAUCAAGGCCUGGAGGACCAACAAGUUCUGCCCCAUGAGGUGUCCGGCCAACAGCCACUACUCCCUGUGUGCCAACCCCUGCUCCAGCGGCUGCAAGGCCGUGGCCAAAAUCACCCAGUGCCCCAAGACCUGCGCUGAGGGCUGCCAGUGCAACAAAGGCUAUGUCCAGGUGGGCCAUGCCUGCAUCCCCCUCCAGCACUGCCGCUGCUUCCACCAGGGACGCUACUACAAGCCCAGAGAGACAGUGAUCACAGCCCACUGCCGGCAGCAGUGCUCAUGCAGCCUGCAGACAGGCAUGACAUGCCGGCCUUUUCAGUGCCCGGCGGGGGCCUCGUGCCAGCUAAGCAGUGGGCGCUGGGGCUGUGUGAAGCGGGAUGGCCUGUGCUCCAUCACCCGUGGCGACAUCUUUACCACCUUUGAUGGCAUCUCCGGCAAGAUGCCCCCAGACGGCGUUUAUGAGAUCUCCUCACUGCUCAGCACCAAGAACAAGGAGUGGUUCCGGGUGGUGGUGGACAUCCAGGGAUGUCACAAGUGCCCAAGCUCCCGCAUCACCACAGUGACCAUCUUCUUCCACCAGCUCACCAUCCUGGUCCAGCGAGAUGGCAAGGUCUUGGUGAACGGGCAUGUGGUGCAGCUGCCAGCUCAGCCCUCGGCAGCAGUAUCAGUGAAGCUGGCCCAGGACAAAGUGACGGUGGCCCAGGGCAAGGCGCUGCGGGUGCAACUGAGCCGCGGUGGGGAUGUGCGGGUGGUGGCUUCAGGGCACCUGGCCAGGAAGCUCUCAGGGGCCUGUGGCAGCUUCAAUGGCAACCGCGCUGAUGACCUGCGCCUGCCCGAUGGCACCGUGGCCCAUAGCGUGAGCGAGCUAGUCGGCUACUGGCGCUUCACCGAGACCGUCGUGCAUGGGGACAACAAGGACAAGAAGGACUGACCAGGCCCCAGCACACGGACCCCCCCAGCCUCCAAGACCCCCCUCCCCGCCUGAGACUCCCC